CAACAGGACGAGGGGCGCAUCCCGCCCCGGCUCACCCGGUUCCUCCGGGGAGCAGCAGCGCGGAGCUGCCGCGGGGGGGCGCGGCGCGGGGGGGAUCGAGGGGGCGGGCGGUGCCUUCCCCCGCCCCGUCCGCCCCGUCCCAGCUCGUCUCGGCCGCAGCCCGGCGGAACAGCGCGCAGCAGGUAGGGCGGCCCGGAUCCGCUCCGCACCCCACGCCGCUUCCAGUUCUCGUGUGGGGCCGCUGACGAGGGUGCCCGUGAGAGACGCAGGGAGCCGCCAUGGCGCAGCCCAAUGCGCCCCCCACGUACGAUGACAAGAACCCCCUGUAUCCCCCGCCUCCGGGGGGCUACCCCCAGCCCCCCCACUAUGCUGGGGGGUAUUCACAGCCAGGGGGGUACCCUGCAGCAGCAGGGUACCCUGCAGCAGGGGGGUAUUCUCAGCCGGGGGGGUACCCUGUGGCAGGGGGGUACGCCCAGCCAGGGAUGGCCAUGCCCACCAUGCCUAUUCGGUUCGGUGACGAUGUCAUUGGAGACAGUUCCCGCUUCCCAUCGACCGACUGGGAUGACAAGAAGGUCCGGCACACUUUCAUCCGCAAGGUCUACUCCAUCAUCUCCCUGCAGCUGCUGGUGACAGUGGGAAUCAUUGCUGUGUUCACCUUCGUCUCCCCCGUCCGCUCUUUUGUCCAGAGGAACGCUGCCAUCUACUAUGCCUCAUACGCUGUGUUCCUGGUGACCUACGUGGUGCUGGCCUGCUGCCAGGGUCCCCGGAGACGCUUCCCCUGGAACAUCAUCCUGCUGAGCAUCUUUACGUUGGCCAUGGGUUUGAUGACAGGUACAAUCGCCAGCAUGUACCAGACCAAAGCUGUCCUGAUCGCCAUGCUCAUCACUGCCAUUGUGGCCAUCAUUGUCACUGUCUUCUGCUUCCAGACCAAGGUUGAUUUUACAUCAUGUACGGGGCUCUUCUGCGUGCUGGGCAUCGUGGUCAUGGUGACUGGGAUCAUCACUGCCAUCGUCCUCUCCUUCAAAUAUGUCCCCUGGCUCCACAUGCUGUAUGCUGCCAUUGGCGCCAUCGCCUUCACCCUGUUCCUUGCCUAUGACACCCAACUUGUGCUGGGGAACAGGAAGAACACAAUAAGCCCCGAGGAGUACAUCUACGGUGCUCUCACUAUCUACACCGACAUCGUCUACAUCUUCACCUUCCUGCUGCAGAUUGUGGGCCGGGAUUAGCCUUGGGACCACUUCUGCCCCCCCCCCACUGCCCCUCACCCCCUUCUCUGGCCUCUGUACAGAAUGGCUGCUUACAGUGACUCCUAAUGCUUCAGCAUCCCUACCUGUAGGCUGCUAAGAAAAGGGCUUCCCUUGAUCACCCCCCCGUAAGCCUCCAGGGGCAGCUGGGGGGGACCAGCUGCUGGUUUAGGCAGUGCCCAGCCUUGGCACAGCUCACUGAGGUCUGUGUUGGUCUGGCAGCGGAGCACUGCGGUCCUGCCUGGGCACAGGGAGCUGGCAGCAGCUGCUGGGAUUGUGUUGGCAUUUUUUUUGGCAGAGCCCAGUCCAUGUUAUUCACUUGGUGCCUUAAAUGUGGCUCCAGCCAUGCCCCCGCCCUGAGCUGCAGCAGUGCCGGGUGUGGGCAGAGGGGCAGCUGGGACCCCUGUGGCAGAGCUCAUGUGGCAGAGACCCUGCAGCCACAGAGGUGGGCAAAGUUGCUAAAUAAAACACUUUAAUUUUCCA